AUGGGUACUGCAAUACCACGCAUUACAUCCGAGUUCCACUCGCUUCCAGAUGUAGGCUGGUACAUUGGUGCUUUUACGCUCGCUUCAGCAACAUUGCAACCACUUUCCGGCAAGCUCUACACACACUUCAAUACCAAGAUCGUGUUCCUUACAUUCGUAUCUUUGUUCGAACUCGGUUCCCUACUUUGCGGCGUCGCCAGUUCCUCGGUCGUACUCAUCGCAGGAAGAGUGGUUGCCGGCUUAGGGGCGUCUGGCAUCGUGAACGGUGCCAUGACGAUCUUAGCAGGGGCCGUGCCUAUGGAGAAAAGUCCAGUGUACACCGGUGUAGUACUUGGGACUGCGCAAAUGGGCAUUGUCGCAGGGCCACUCAUCGGAGGUGCUCUGACUGAGCAUGCGGUCUGGCGUUGGUGCUUUUACAUGAACCUACCCAUCGGCGGAGUGGCAGCCGCCAUCAUCGCUUUCGUCCCCAUUCCCGAACGCACGACGAAGCCGCGCAUAACUCUGUCUCUCGUCCGCAAGAUUAUACCCGACCUCGAUCUGCUCGGCUUUGCUCUCUUCGUCCCUCCGUCCGUUAUGCUGCUCCUUGCCCUCCAGUUAGGAAGUGGUGGAAAUUACGCCUGGAGCUCCCCUGUCAUCAUCGGACUGUUUUGUGGUGCAGCAGCAUGCGCCACCCUCUUCAUACUUUGGGAGAGAAGGAUGGGUGACCAAGCUAUGCUUCCGGUAUCUCGCAUGGGCUACUAUCUUCCCUGGGCGCUCGUCGGUGGUAUCAUCACCGCAAUCGGCAACGGUCUAGUGUCAACGUUCACAGCAUCCACGAGCGCCUCGGUCUGGAUCGGCUAUCAGAUUUUGUUGGGCGCUGGCCGAGGAUGUGGCAUGCAGAUAGCCAUCAUUGCAGUGCAGAACGCCGUAUCUCCGGCCCAAUACCCGGUCGCGUUGGCCAGUGUCGUCUUUUUCCAGAACCUCAGUACAUCUAUCGCUGUCGUCAUCGCGAACACGAUCUUCUCGCAGACACUCCGCUCCGCCAUCACACGCUACGCGCCUACAAUAUCGCCCCAGGCGGCGAUUGAUGCUGGAUCUAGUGCCAGUGCUGUGCGAGCCCUCGUCCCGCUUGGAGAACUAGAUGGCGUGCUAAGAGCGUACUCGGAGGGUCUGCGCGAUGUCUUUUACUUCUUGGUAGGCAUAGCAUGUCUGGCUACCCUUGCCAGCUUGGGUAUGGGCUGGAAGGAUAUCCGGAACAAGCGCAGCAAAACGGACAUGAAUGUUGACAUGGAUGAGAGAUGUGAGACCAUGGACAAGUAG